UUCAGGGCAUCAACUUCCUAUUUGUUUUCUGGAUUAACAUAGAAAAUGUUGGAGUUAGCUGCAUGAAACCGUAACAGUCAUAAGUAGGGAGUAUUAAUGCAUAUUCCGACCAUGCACUCUAUCAGGACUGAGUGUCGCACCACGGACACAAGACAGUUAACUUGUAGUUGUCGGUGUGCUGCUUCUCUUGCUGUGUACUUUUCGCAGCCCAGUGGCAUCUUGAACGUUUGACAGUCUAGCAUUCAGCGUACUGUCCAGUAAAAACUAACGUUAGAUUUCUGUUAGCUUACAAUGUCGCUCGCUCCCGCAAACCAGUCCCAGUUGAUUCGGUCCAUUCAGAAGGACGAAUAUUAUCAAACCUUCCUGAGAAACAACGCCAACGAAGCCUUUCAAACACUCGCUGGAUCCAAAAGAUGGCUGGACUGGAGGAAAGAGAUAGAGCUGCUGUCCGACAUCGCAUACUAUGGUUUAACGACAUUCUCAGGUUACCAGACCCUGGGCGAGGAGUACGUCAACAUCGUGCAGGUGGACCCCACUAAGCGUCGGGUCCCCUCCCGGGCCAGGCGGGGCCUCUUUGUCCUCUGCCACGCCUACUUCCCUUACCUCGUGGACAAGGUCCUGGUGUGCCUGGAGAACGAGCUGGAAUGCGGGCAGGAGAUGCACAGCAGUGGCGGGCAGCGGCCGUGGUGGAGCCUGGAGUUGUGGCUGAGGAGGUGGAUGCAGAGGGCGGUGGGGCUGCUGUCGGAGCCCCAGAGAAGAGCGUGCGUGCCGGCCGUGUUCGUCGUCCACCAGGGUCUGACCCUCCUACACCGACUCCACGCCACUCUGUUCUACAUCAGCGGCUCUUUCUAUCACCUGUCCAAGAGGGCGGCUGGUAUCAGCUAUCUGCGUGCGAUGGGCCUCAGCAGCGACGACGGGACCAUCAGGAGCAGCUACAGGCUGCUGGGGGCGCUGUCCCUCCUCCAGCUGCUCGUCACCGUGUGUCUGCAGCUCAACAGCUUCAGACAGAAACAGAGAGCCAGGCAGGAGUGGAAGCUCUACAGGCGCCUCAGUCCUCAGCGCACACACAGAUCCGGCCCCAGAGCAGCCAGCUGCAUCCUCUGCCUGGAGGAGAGGAGACACUCCACCUCCACCCCCUGUGGACACCUUUUCUGCUGGGAGUGCAUCACAGAGUGGUGCAACACCAAGGUCAGGCUCAUGUCAGGACUUUGCAUCUUGUUGCUACUCACUGAAACCUUUUGUGUCCGAUUUGAAAGGGAUCAUGUUUUGAGAAGGAAUUUCCAAGAAGCUUUCUGUUUCUUAUUGUUUGUAUCAGGUGAUCAACAGUAAGAGGAUGUUAACACUCUGUACGCUCGGCAUAAUGAAACUAUGCAUGGGACCUUAUGAAUGUUUCAUGUCACCAGUAUCCUGGCCAAGUAUAAAUGCUGUAGAUAUCACCCUGAUCAUCAAAAAUGAAUAUAAUAUUUUUUAUAGGCCACUAAAAGAUACAUGCAUUUAGUUAAGAAACAAAUCCUUGUAUUGCAUCAGAGAAAGGACACAUCUUUUCUAAGUGAAUCCUAAUGCUGCCCAGCAGAGAGAAAGAUGAAUAUAUAGAGAUAGCAGCAUUGUAAGAGUGUUCAUUGGUGAUAACGUCUUCAUACUCUUUCUCAUAAAUAUACAUUUCAUUUAAUGAACGAAACAUACAAUCAAAUUAUUUCACUUUUUAUUGGUGAUAAAGUUUAAUUUUGAUUUAAAUGAGCAGGUUGAUAUAAAAGCAUGUAAGUGCCAUGUGUGAGAACAAUGUAUCACAAGCUGCAGGUGGCAACAAUAAAGUCAACUCAAAAGAACUCACAACAAACAUUAAAACAAUAAAUGAUGUGCAGUCUGCACAACAUAUUCUAUUAUUCAUCUUUCUACUAGAUAGCUUAUUCAGGUCACUCCUUUGAGAAUAUUCAUCAUAAUCCUUAUAAUAGAAAUUCACCACAAUCAACUUAUUGUUUUUUCUAUUUAUUUUAUGCGUAAAAUAUGAUCCUAUAUUGUCCCAUAGAUGAAACAGCCUUUGAAAGUCAGGCUACAUUUCUCUCUACAGGUUGAAUACUGAAAGUGUCAGAUUUGCACCAAACAAACAUUACUUUCAAAAGGAUCACCUUUCAUCAGCAGCAGUAGAUUAUCUCAGAUGUUGCUAAUUAACAUUAAUUCCAUAACUUGUAAAUUGACACUUGGCUAUGUUCCGGUGAAUGAGCUCUCUGCACACUGCUCUGUGUGUUCAGCCAAGAAUGGAGUGGUGAUAUAGCGGCUCAAGAGUUCAGGAGGAUCUCUCAGUGAAACGUGUGCUUAUAUCAGUGAGUUUAUUAAACGAGCCGUUCUGAACCACGACCUCCAGUAUUUCAACCGUUAAGAUCCACGUGAUCCACAUCUCAUAUCUCCUGCUUCUCAUUUCAUUCAGUCUGCCUUCUCGUGGUGGUGGGUCGGCUGGAAACAGGCUGGUUGCGUUGGACGGCCGAUGGAUCGAAGCCUCUCUAGUCUGUAAUAGUGUGCUGAUACUUUCUGCUUCAACUUGCCCUGAAUGUAGGCUGCAAUAAUAUAAACAGUUUCAUGUGACAGAGAAAAAUAAAUAUUUCCAGCUGCAAACAUGCAAUUAGAGUAAUCAGUAAGACAACACAUUACAAUAAUGUUACAUGUGAUGUAAAAACCAAACUGCCAUCUUCAAAAUGAUAUUCCCCCAAAAAGGCAGCUUGAAUCGUUUUAUACAUUUUCUUUAAACUGAAGAUAUUCAAGAGUAUCUUUUAAAGGAAUUAAAUGAAAUAUUUAUAUCAGUCUGGCAAAUGUCAAUCAUGAGCAACAACCCUGAUUUUUUUUUUUUGCACACAAAUGUCACACGUGUGUUUGUGUUGGACGUCCCUCAGGCAGAGUGCCCCCUGUGUCGGGAGAAGUUCCAGCCUCACAGACUGGUGUACCUGAGGAACUACAGCUAGAGCCACUGAGGCUGAAACCACACACUCAACAUCUGUCCUGGCAGGCUGACCCUCUGGAACAUGUGGAGACCAAGCGUCAACCAACGGGUCUGAGAAGUGAAGCCGAUGCUGAAGUGCCUUUAACAUGGUCUCAUGGUCAUCGGGCCAUGUUCAAUAAAAUGUUGGAUUGUAUCAGUUGAAUCUUGUAAAUAUCACUUUUAAUUAAAUUAAAAAUAAUACUGAUGCUAAUAAAAUGUGGGAAAUCUCCAAAUAUCUGUUUAUGAGGUUGUUUGGUACUUUAAUAUGAGAAUGAUUAUUAGGUGUAGUUGUCCUACAGAAUUGAUCAUCUAAAGUAUAUCAAAUGUACAGAUUACUGCUGUUUCUGAUCAUUCACUGCCUGGUAGAGAAACUGCCCACUGUUAAAUGAUGGAAGAUAAAGUGAUCUAGUCAGGGUGGGCAGUAUUUCUUAUGAAUGUAUUUGAUAGACUUUGUAGUUUUGUAUUUUCUAUCAAAAUCUUUGAAUGAUCUGUUCAUGUGCAAGCUGACUGGACUGGCUGGUAAUUCGUCUAGGGUUCAAGUGCAGCAUAAAGUGGUUGAAACUUUACCUGAUAUUUCUCUCCAAUAUAGCAAAAACAUACCAGUUUGUAGGCUGUACUCAGGAGUUAAUUAUUGGUAGGCAUUAGUCACUGUAACAUAGUAAUAUUUCAAGGUUUUACUGGGCAAAAGGAGAAAACAUUUCAGAAUUGUGGUAUAACACGUAUUAACACCGUCAUUAAGAGGUAGACCUGUUUUAUUGUUACUGAACAACACUUUUGUUGUAUCAUUUGAAGAGGCGUUUUGUAAAAUAGUUUUCCUUCAUACUUCUUUAAAUAUUUAUUGAAGGAAUGUAAUGUACAAAUCUUGUGUGGUUGCUAUAUUCUGUAGUUUGAUUUGAUAAAAUUACCAUUUGAUCAUUUACCAAAAUGGAUCUUCAUGUAUUUUUGUCCUGAGAGUUGCAGUGGGUCCAUCGGUAGGACAUCAGAGCAUUGUCGACACUAACGAGGAGCUGCUUCUUCCUCUUGGACGUCUACAAACCUGACAUCCAGACAGGCUUAUCGUUUGUAAAUCUGCAUCAGGCUCCAAAUAUCUCCGGAGACCUUUUACCUCCCUGAACCCUCAUUACAGAACAGCUCUCGUCAUCCUGUUGUGUCUUGUAAUGUCAAGUGUUCUGACCUGCACUGUCUAAGGUAGAGGAUCAUCAGCACACGUUUUUCAUAUGUCAGAAAAGAGGAUCUGGCCACUAUGUUCACCAGCUGCAGUCUCAAACUGUCUGCUGUUUGGAGAUGUCCGACCUGGCUCUGAAGCCAUGACACAAGAGAGGGAGAUGCAGACGGAUGUCAAAAGUAAGUCGUUUAUUCCACGUCAUGCAACAACAAUGCACGGUGGUGAAGAACGUGCCGCCUCGUUGCCAGAAAGGCAGAGCUUUAUACUUUGAGAGCACCGGGCCCAGGUGCCUCCAGUCAGGGCGAUCACCACCUCCGGGUACCUGCUGCC